AUGGCUAUUACUGAAUCACCUGAAAUGAACCUUAAAAUCAUCAAUAUCAUCCCCACCACUAUAACCAUUGCUGAUAACAACAAUCUCAACAGAAUUCCUGAAGAUCAUGAGGUCAAAAGUAUUCUCUUUAGUAUGGCCAAAGACAAAGCACCAGGGCCAGAUGGAUUCCCUUCUAGUUUUUUCCAAGCCAACUGGGAUAUUGUUGGAGAGGAUCUAAUCAAAAUGCCUGCUUUCAUUCCUGGAAGGCAAAUUGUUGAUAACAUAGCCAUUGCCCAUGAAACCAUUCACUACAUGAGAACCAGAAGAGGUCAAAAAGGCAAUAAAGGAAGUAUGAGAAUUAAGAUUGACAUGGCAAAAGCUUUUGAUAGAGUGUACUGGAAAUUUCUUAUUAUUAUUAUGGGAAAAAUUGGCUUCAACUCUGACUGGUGCAACAAGAUUAUGCAGUGCAUUUCAACCACCUCCACUGUUGUGUUAAUAAAUGGUUCUCCUGAUAAAUUCUUCAAUCCCUCUAGAGGGCUGAGACAAGGGGAUCCCCUAUCUUCCUACCUAUUUCUAUUCUGCAUGGAAGCUUUGUCUAGAACCUAUUCUCAUGUUGAAGACUUGGGUAUCAUUUCCGGAGUUCAAAUUUGCAAGAACGCUCCUUUUAUAAAUCAUCUUCUAUUUACUGAUGAUUGUAUGGUUUUCUGCAAAGCUAAUCUCUCUGAAGCCCAAAAUCUUAAGGAUAUUCUAAACCUCUUUGGAAAUACUUCUGGUCAACUUAUAAAUUUCAGCAAAUCUGGUGUUUUCUUCAGCAAGAAUACUGAUCCUGCUCUUAUGCCUAACAUCUGCAAUCUUCUAGGAGUUCAAGCUCUUCCUAUAAAUGACAAGUAUUUAGGCUCUCCUCUCUUUACUCAUAAAAUAAAAAUUCAAUCUUUCAAGCCAGGUGUGGAAAAGAUGAAGAUAAAUCUGUCAAGUUGGAAGAACUCCCCCUUAAACCCAGCUGGAAGAGAGGUUGUCAUCAAAUCUGUUACUUCCACAGCCAGCAUCUACCAAAUGAAUUGCUUCAGAAUUCCAAAGCAAAUUUGCCAAGAUAUGAACAAGCUUCAAAGAGACUUCUUCUGGGGUAAAAACUUAUAUAAUCCCACAGGUUACUAUCCAAAAGCUUGGACAACUAUAUGUAAACCAAAAGAUAUUGGUGGUCUUGGAUUCAUGAACAUGGAACUCUUCAAUAGUGCCAUGAUAACAAAAAUAGGGUGGAGGCUGGAACAAGAUAAGGACUCUCUAUGGUACCAAUUGAUGGAUGCCAAGUAUUUACUGGGAAGAAAUGUACUCAACAUGGAUACCAAAGCCAAAGAUGGAGAAUCCUGGAUAUGGAAAGGAAUUCUAGAAGGUAUCCAAAACAUUCAACAACAUUGUGUCUGGAGGAUAGACAAUGGCAACAAAAUUAAUAUUUGGGAAGACCUCUGGCUACCUAACUCAACAGACAAGCUUUCAAAACCUGCAAACUGCCCAAAUAAUACUCAGUUUCUAGCUCAUUUAAUGACAGACCAAAAGGAAUGGAAUCUGCAGUUUAUCCAGCAACUCUUCAUCCCUGACAUUGCUCAAGACAUCACUAAUCUAGCUAUACACCCCAGGGAAGAAGACAACAUACACUGGAAUCUCAACAGCACAGGAAAAUUCUCUGUCAAAGCUUUGUACAAAUCCAGAAUAGAGAACCUGUACAGGAAUGAUCUCAACACAAGAAAUUGGAGUUCUAUUUGGAACAUGGAAGUGGCACCAGCUAUCAAAAUCUUCCUCUGGAAAUGUGCUCAUGAAAUCCUCCCAACUAAUGCUAAAACUGCAAGCAUUCUACACUACAUAGAUCUCAUAUGCAAAAUUUACAAUAGUGGGGAGGAAACAAUGACACACUUGUUCCUCAAUUGCCCUGCUGCGGUUGAGGUUUGGCAUCAAAUGCUAGGUGAAAAUCAUGGUCUCUUUGACCAUCACACUCGCUUCAUGGAUUGGUUUAAUACUUGGUUCCACAAUCCAAGUAAUAAUGGAAAUAAUUGCACUUAUGCAACCACCUGCUGGUUCUUUUGGAAGGCCAGAUUUGACCUGGUAUUCCAAAACAUCACUCCUAUUGGCAACUAUGUUGAUAGCAGAGGACACACAGGCCAAUGGGGAGCAGGAGGAGCAGACUUGGCGUUUUCAUGGGCAAAGGACAAACAACACAUCAACAUUAAAAUACAUGUUGUAAUCACUGACAUCCUGGAACACUUCAAUGCUCUCUACAUCAAAGCAAUCAAAGGAAGAUUUAGCAGAAACUACCAUAGGGAAAAACAGUUAUUGAGUGCCUCUUCAUUUUUAAGCAUUAAUCAUGUAACUUUUUUCUUAACAGGUCUUAAACUUUUACAUAGAACCCAAAAUCUCCAAGCCUUAAACUUGGCUAUUAUAUGUAAGAACUAUAGUAGUGGAUCUGAUGUUUGCCUAAACAACGACACCACUAGCACUACAAUCAAUCUAUGUCCUUAG